UCAGAAUAUGGCGAAGGGCAAUGCACCUCUCCAGUCUUGCUGGAUGGCAAGGUUCGUUUUCACCCACGCAGAAUCACAUGGUUUUUGCUCAUCUCAAGAGCCGCUUUGCCACCACAAUCAUCAGAACAGUCCAGUGCUGGUGUCCAGUUGAUAGCACUCUCUGACGUUAAAACAGGUUAUGUGCUCAACUUUGAGGUUCGUACAGGCUAUGCUUCUUCAGACUCUGGCAUGGCUGCGUGCAGCAUGUUUUCUGUGUCCAUGACCUUGGAACUGGUAAGGCCUUACCUUGGGAAGGGCCAUGUGCUCUACACAGAUGAUCAACACAACAGUCCUGGGUUGUUUCGCUACCUCCACAAAUUGGGAACCAGUGCUUGUGGCCCUGUGCGUCUAGCCUGGAUGCCAAGCUUCAGUGAAAACAUGGAGACAGAAUUUCUUCACACGGACAUGUUGCUGGCAGUGAAAAGGCGUAAUCUGGAAGACUUGCCCCUCUUGUCUUCUGUGCACAGCACAAGCAUGGCCAUAAACAGCAAGGGAGAUGAAGAACCAGAGUGUGAGGCUGACUACAGUCGGGCCAUGAGGUCAUCCAAACAUCAGAUUGUGCACAUCGACUAUGCUAACUUUGGUAGAACUCCACUCAGAUGGUAUCACAAAGUUCUGCUUCACUUAAUGACCACCACAGUGCAGAAUGCCUUUAUGAUCUAUCAGAGCCUUUCCCAGAAGACAACAACUUUCUACAGUUUCCAACUGGACCUGAUCAACCAGCUUCUUAAAAUGAAUCACCCUGACCUUGGAGCAGCCAGGACCAUAGCUGCAACAGUGGGCAUUCCUAUGCGGCUAGUUGGUCGGCAUUUUCCAAAGCCUGUGACAUUGGAUAGCGCCAUCAGCUCCUGGUGCUUCGUCUGUCAGAACACAAGCACUAGAGCAUCCCAGUUGGUGAAAACAAGCUAUACAUGUGUGGAGUGUCAGAAACCACUGUGUGCAGUGCCUUGCUUUGAGAUCUACCACACACUAAAGGACUAUUGAAUUAUAUUGCAUUGUAUCUCUUGUACAGUGGUAGCUCAGUGGUUAAGGUACUUGACUUGUAAUCAGAAGGUUGCUGGAUCAAGCCCUACCACUGCCAAGUUGCCAAUGUUGGGACCCUGAGCAAGGCCCUUAACCCUCAAUUGCUUAAUUUGUACUUGGUCAUAAUUGGAAUUAGUCAAUACAUCCCUAAAUUAGCUAAAAUGAGUAAAAGAGCAGGCACACAAUCCACUCAUGGAGGUUGAGUGUAAGUGGUUAUAUAUAGAUAAAAAGCAGCAAUAAACAGUGUGUGUAGGCAAAGAGGCGUAAAGUAGCCCUAAUUUGAGAAGUGAUUAGCUGUAAAUUUACCCUGGCCAGUUCUUGUGUCAAGGGGAAUUCUACUUUUUUUUCCAUAUAAUAUUUCAUAACAUUUGCUUGGUGGCUUGUAAUUGUGGCAGUUAGAUUUUAUGUGCCUUAUGUAAAAGUUUAGGACAUUCAUCUUCUAAACCUAGGCUUCUUAUAUCUUAGAAAUCAGCAUGUUCUUAGUCCUGUAUUUACUGAAUUUUUGUUUGUCUAAAUGUCAGUUUUUUGGUUUUGGUACAUUUUACUUUUCAUAAGACAUGAAAACUGAAAAAAUGUUUGCAAAUCUGGAAUUUUUUUCCAUAGUCUUAAAAAUGAUCAAGAAAUGAAUUGAUUUGGAAAACCCUUCUAAAAAUGCACGUUUUUAUGUUUCACAGUGGGGAAAAAUGGGAAAAGUUUACAUGUAACUGUCUAAAUGUUGGAUACAACAUUGCCCUGCAUAAUGUAUAAUAGGAGCUAAAUUUCUUAAUUCUUCAAGAAAUUUACAUUAUUAUUAUUACAUAUAAUGUAAUAAUUAUUACAUAAUUCAGUGUUUUUUUCAUUGUGAGAAUUAUGGAUUUAAACCUAUGUAGAUUUUUCAUAAAAUCUAUAUAAGGCAGUUCAUAGUGCUUGUUUCAAGACUCCAGUGUUAUAAAUCUUCAGUAAUAAAUGCUUCAGUAAUAAAUCUGUAAACAUUACUUAGCAUGAUUAAGUUUGGACUACCUGUCACUCCUUUUAUGAUCUUAAAUCAUAGAAUAGAUUUAUUUGUUUUAAGACAAUUCAGCGCUUGCAAUGAAAAACUACUUAUCUAUAUAUUCUACUGCAUUCUACUAAAUAAAACAAUAAUAUAAAGCAUUAUUGCAAGGCACUUUCACUAAGUCACUCAUUAUGAAGUCUUAUGUUUUUGCACAAAGUGUUAAAUUGUGUUGCCUGAUUGCUGAUCUACUCAUUUGCUUCUGUGUUUUGACCUUUUGCCUGUUUUUUAUCCUGUUUGUAGUCAACCCAUCUUAGCUUGUUUGCCCUGGAUUUUCCUUAAUAAACCACUCUACAAAUACAUAUAUGAACAAUGCCACAGUUGACUUGUGCCCAGUCUGAUGUCCCUAAUAGUGUUUUUUUGUUAUGUGUUUUGUAUAAAUAAUUUGCUUACAGAAUCUAAA